CCUCAUUCUCACCAGCAUUAAACAAAUCCCAAAGGGAAAGGAGAUAAUGAAAAUUAAUCCAGCCUUUCAAUAAGCUCUUAUAUAUGCUGGAAGUUUUAGCGUAUGCUCUCAUGCUCUUCAAGUGGAUGACUGUGUAACGUCAAAGGAUCGCAUUCUUCCGGUACAGCACAAGAUGGCAUCCUCUGCUUCGGCCAUUGUCAUCCUCCUCUUCCUUCUUUCUUGCUCUUCCUACUGUUUCCUGUCACGCGCAGAAAGCCAAGCCCCAGCACUGUUCAUUUUUGGGGACUCUAUAGUUGACUGCGGCAACAAUGACUAUCUGCCCAAUUCUACUGCUGUCGCCGAUUACCUGCCGUAUAACAUGGACUUCUUUGCCGUCACCGGCAGGUUCUCUAAUGCCCGGAACUUGGCCGAUUGCGUUGCCGAGAGUCUGGGUUUUGAGCAUCUGAUUGCAUGCUCAAGGGAUCCCAACAGUACCGGGGAAAGAAUACUCGAUGGAGUUAAUUUCGGCUCCGCUGGGACGGGAAUCCUCGACAACAGCACCGCUGGGGAGAUAGUGACGCCAUUGCAUUAUCAAGUUCUGUUCUUCCAGAACAAGACUCUGCCGGACUUGGAGUCCCAACUUGGAGGCAACCUCUCUUCUUUCUUGGCCCAAAGCUUGUUCUUGUUCAACACCGGCGGCAAUGACUUCGUGGACCAGUGUUUCGAAACCGGGGAGUCGUGCGACAUACCAGAGUUUACGGAUCUACUAAUUUCCCAAUUAACUAAAAUAUUUGAGAAGAUGUACAGUUUGGGAGCUCGAAAAUUUAUUGUAUUUUCUACAGAAUCAAGUGGAUGCACCCCCGUUGCGCGCGAUAUGACCAACGGAAGUUGCAGUGAAACGUUUGAUUCUGCUUCAAGAACGUACAAUGGUCGACUGAAUGCUUCCAUUGACACAUUUACAGAAACGUUCCCCGGCUCUCAAUUCGUGUUUGUGUCUCUCUAUAACGUCAUCAACGAAUUGAUAGAUAAUCCAACUACUUACGGCUACGACAACGUCGAGGACGCUUGCUGCGAGAUGAUCACCGACGGGAGCUCGUGCGUGAAGAACGGGCCGACAUGUGUAGAUCGGAGUAAGUUCCUGUUCUGGGAUGGAGGCCACCCCACCGAUAAGACCAACUCCAUAUUGGCGAGCAAGAUCUACGACUCCAAGAACACAUCUAUAUCCUACCCUUUCAGUAUCAAAGAAUUGGCCGCCAUCAACUCCACUGCAGCCGCUGCUGAUUCCAGUUUGUUCAUAAGGCCAUGGAGCAAGUCCACCGGUAGUGGGAAGGGCGACCAGUAGACUCUAUUGUAUUUGGCACAUCAAUCCAAUUGUAAUAAGCUUCCGCAUGAUCGAUCGGGAUGAUCAUCAUCAUGAUGGACAUGAGGCCAAGGGUCUCAACUUCUACACAGGAUUGACACACCUCAUUUUUAUAUCUCCAUGGAUUACACCAUAUUUCGUUCUGCA